AAAACAAAUUAUUUUGAUUAAAAAAAACCAUUUAUUUGCAUACAAACGGGAGUACUACUAAUUUGAAAAGUAGGGUUUAGUUUUCCCUCUCUCUCCAUCUUCCUGCAAAUCGCAUUUACUGGAUCCUAUGUUUCUCUCACCAUUUUGCGCAUUUAUUAACACCAUUCCAAUAGCUACGGAGUAGUAGUUGCUUACAUUUCCAUUCUCAUUUCUUCAAUUUCCUCUUUCCCACGCCAAAAAUGCCAAGGGGUAGACCUAAGAGAAACGUUAAACCAACCCAAUCGGUACUUGAACCCACGCAAACUCACUUCAUGGACCACGAAAUCCAAGCAUUGGAGCGACAAAUCGGUGAGAUUAGGACAGUUAAGGAGGUUAAAACCAAACACUUGCUGGAAGAUUUGCGAUUGCUUCGCUCAUCUUUCACCGAGGAACAACUCCAGAAACCCGUGUUAGAGAUUUUUGAACAAAUUCUUCCGAAUUUGUCCAUUGUGAAUGAUAAAGAGAGUAACAAAUGUGAAGUGACAUGGAAAGAUAAAGCGCCUAUGUCUAUGAGCAUGAACUAUGAUGAUGUGCAUACUUCGUUGCUUCAAAGGUUGUCCAUGGCUUAUCCUCAUUGCCCCUCUUCAGUUCCUCAUUCUACUGGGAGAACAAGUUAUGUUGGUGCCGGUAAUCCGUAUUUGAAGGAUUUUGUUUUGGAGGAACUAUCUGAAGCUCAAACUUUAACAAUGCAAGAAGGUCUUGAGACUCCCGGUGUGAGUAGUCAGAGGAUGUCUGUUGGGAUGACGCCCAAAACACUCAGACUUCCCAAGCCGGGCGAGAUGCUUCUCUCUGUCCAUGGAUCACCCCUAGGUGCUUACAAGGACAAUAACAUGGAAGCCAUACAAGAGUCGGAAGAGAGUUGAAUUCUGGUUAAAUAUCUCGCAGUUCAAGAUGAAGCUUUUUCAUGUUUCUAUGUGCUUUAUUUUUGCUCAGUUAGUUCUCUUGUGUCUGGCAUUUUUUUGGUAAUUUGUAUGUAAAUAUGUUGCAGCUCAAGAUGAAGCUUUUCAUGUUUCUAUGUUCUUUUCUUAUCUGCAGUUCUCUUGUGUGGCAUUUUUUUUGGUAAUUUUUAUGGCUAGUUUGGCUGAUGACACCUAUGCCCCCAAUUCUGAAAAUUCAUGUUUCAAA